UUCUACAGGGGAACAGAAGUCCAUUCUCGUGAGGUCCACCUACAAACCACUAUGUAUGAAGACUGCAUCCAGUCCAUUGAGGACUAUUAUCUCCUCUGUGACACAGACAGGACAUGGUGCAUUGUGCUAGAGGCCCUGGCAGCCAUUGGCAUAGUGGUUACAAUUAUACUGCUCUUAGCAUUUCUCUUCCUCAUACGGAGGGUCCAAGACUGCGGCCAGUGGAAUGUUCUUCCCACCCAGCUUCUCUUCCUCCUGGGUGUGCUGGGGCUCUUUGGCCUAGCUUUUGCCUUCAUCACCUGCCUCAAUGAGCAUACUGCCCCUGUACGUUACUUUCUCUUUGGGGUUCUCUUUGCUAUCUGUUUCUCAUGCCUCUUGGCUCAUGCCUCCAACUUGGUGAAGCUGGUCCGGGGUAGAGUCUCCUUCUCUUGGGUGACAAUUCUGUACAUUGCGCUUGGUGUCAGCCUGUUGCAGGUGCUCAUUGCCAUUGAGUAUGUGGGUCUCAUGAUGACCAGAGGCAUGAAGUUUGUGCACCUGACACCCUGUCAGCUCAAUGUGGACUUCGUGGUACUCCUGGUCUAUGUCCUCCUCCUGAUGGCCGCCACGUUCUUCAUCUCCAAAGCCAGUUUCUGUGGCCCGUGUGAGAACUGGAAGCAGCACGGAAGGCUCAUCUUCGUCACUGUGCUCAUCUCCAUCGUUAUCUGGGUGAUAUGGAUCUCCAUGCUCCUGUGUGGCAACCCACGGCUCCAGCGGCAGCCCCAGUGGGACGACCCUGUCAUCUGCAUCGCCCUGGUCACCAAUGCAUGGGUUUUCCUGCUGCUGUACAUCAUACCUGAGCUCUGCAUCCUCUACAAGUCAUCUAGGCAGGUCUGCCCUUCGCAAGGCGGUGCCUGCCCGGGCCCAGCCUCAGCCUACCCACAGAGCUUCAGAGUGGAGAACCUGGAACUCUCAAGAGCCCAAGACAGUGAUGGAGCUGAGGAGGAUGUGGCAUUAACUUCAUUUGGUACACCCACUCAGCUGCAGGCUGUUGAUCCCACACAGGAGUGCCUCAUCCCACGGGCUAAACUAAGCCCCCAGCAAGCUGCAGGAUUAUAAAGUCCACUGGAAGCUUAAGUAGUGAAAACCUGGAAGACCACCCUAAUGUAGCCCUGCUGGGCCACUGGGGACCCCACAGAGUCAUGCUGCCAACAGAGGAUUGGCUCAUGCUUCCUU